GGCAGCGGCCGCAGCCCUCGGCGGGGCCGCCGCCAUGGACGCAGCUACUCUUACCUAUGACACUCUCAGGUUCGAAUAUGAAGACUUCCCUGAGACCAAAGAACCCGUUUGGAUCCUCGGCCGAAAAUACAGUGUUUUUACAGAGAAAGAAGAGAUCCUGUUGGAUGUGACCUCUCGGCUUUGGUUCACCUACAGAAAGAACUUCCCUGCUAUUGGAGGAACCGGUCCCACAUCUGAUACUGGCUGGGGCUGUAUGUUGCGGUGUGGCCAGAUGAUCUUUGCUCAGGCCUUGGUCUGCAGGCAUUUGGGAAGAGACUGGAGGUGGAUAAAAGGGAAGAGGCAGACGGAUAAUUACUUCAAUGUUCUUAAUGCCUUCAUUGACAAAAAAGACAGCUACUACUCCAUUCACCAGAUAGCCCAGAUGGGAGUUGGAGAGGGGAAAUCCAUAGGUCAGUGGUAUGGACCAAACACAGUCGCACAAGUGCUCAAAAAACUUGCAACUUUUGAUACAUGGAGUUCACUGGCAGUACAUAUAGCCAUGGACAACACGGUAGUGAUGGAAGAAAUCCGGCGAUUGUGCCAGUCCAACUUCCCGUGUGCUGGAGCUGCAGCAUGCCCUGCUGUGGAGUCAGACGUACUCUACAACGGGUACCCAGAGGAAGCGGGGGUUAGAGAUAGGCUCUCACUGUGGAAACCAUUGGUGCUGCUGAUACCUCUCCGCCUUGGGCUCACAGAGAUCAAUGAAGCCUAUAUUGAAACACUAAAGCACUGCUUCAUGAUGCCCCAGUCCCUGGGAGUGAUCGGAGGGAAACCAAACAGUGCUCACUACUUCAUUGGCUAUGUAGGUGAGGAACUCAUUUACCUGGAUCCCCACACUACGCAGCCUGCAGUGGAGCCCAAUGACAGCGGCUGUCUCCCCGAUGAAAGCUUCCACUGCCAGCACCCUCCCUGCAGAAUGAGCAUUGCCGAGCUCGACCCCUCCAUUGCGGUGGGCUUUUUCUGCAACAGCGAGGAGGACUUUAACGAUUGGUGCCAGCAAAUCAAAAAGCUGUCCCUGGUAAGAGGAGCGCUGCCAAUGUUCGAACUGGUCGAACGCCAGCCGUCGCAUUUCUCCAACCCCGAUGUCCUGAAUCUCACACCAGACUCCUCUGAUGCCGACAGAUUGGAAAGGUUCUUUGACUCGGAAGAUGAAGACUUCGAAAUCCUAUCCCUUUGAAAACAAAUAGGAAACUGACUCUGCAAAUUUGUGUUAUGUGUGGGGAGA